AUGGACAGAGGAGCCUGGUGGGCUCCAGUCCACGGGGUCACAAAGAGUCAGACACAACUGAGCACUCAUGCAUGUACUGCUUUGGGACAGUGGGCCAUUGGGCUGCCCCUGUGGUGGGGAAGGUCUCCCCAGGGCAGACCGGGAGGAGGUGAGGCCAUUUCACAGAGAGGAGCAGCAGGGGCCACAGUCAAGUCUGAGUUCGGAUCAUAUGGUGGCCCCAGCUGCUCAGAAAGACAAAAGGACACCAUCAGAAAACCCAGCAUGGGACCCAGUUCCACUAGACUUUGCCUCCACUUCCAAUCCACACCCAAACACUUAGAAGGUUUCCCCGGUGUGGGAAAUGACCCCUUAGUAAGUCAGCGCUUUCUGUUUCCAAAGUGGAAAUGUGCCCCUUUUCUCCCCAGCAGGACACAGAGAUGUUCCCAGGUGCUGCCCAGGAAUGGAGAGGCUUUUCUGGAAUGA